AUGGCUUCGGUACAGAUCCUAGAUGGUGGUCUUGGAACCUCGCUCCAAGAUCAAUACGGGGUGAGCUUUGACAGUACCACGACUCCUCUCUGGUCAACCCAUCUGCUCGUCUCAGAUCCCACAACGCUGCAUGCUUGUCAGAAGGACUUUGGCACCGCGGGGGUGGACGUGCUUCUCACAGCUACAUACCAAGUUUCACCCGAGGGGUUUGCCCGCACAAAGACUGCGGAGUAUCCCAGUGGUAUUCCCAAGAAUGCUAUAGGGCAGUAUCUGCGGACUGCAGUGGACGUCGCGGAAAGAGCCAAGGUCCGUGAUAGUACCAAGAUCGCGCUGAGUCUGGGUCCGUAUGGUGCAUGCAUGAUUCCUGGACAGGAGUACAGCGGCGCGUAUGAUGCUGAGCAUGAUAGUGAGGAGGCGCUGUAUCGCUGGCACCUGGAUCGAUUGCGGCUCUUCUUGGAGGCGGAGGGGAUUUGCUCUCGCGCAUGCAGUAUGUCGCUUUCGAGACUUUGCCCCGUCUCGACGAGAUUCGAGCAGUGA